UAACAGAGGGAAAACAAAAGGAUUUUGUGGCGGGUUUCAUGGAACUUAUGCAACUCGAAAGCUCCUACCAAACGAACGUGAGAAAAAGGAAGGCAUCUGAAGCUUUCAAUGAUGAGUUCGACUACCUCUAUGAGAUCGUUACUACAGCCACGGACUGGCAUUUCCUCACGGAAAGGAUUUAUUGCACAAAAGCUGACUAUCACAUCGCCCUUACUAAAGUAAUUUGGAAGACAAUGGGGAACUUCGUCGAGAUGUUAAGAUACAGGAUCAUCACUUCAAGAGAUAGUUUGCGUAAAAAAGGGCUGUAAAGCUCUACAAACUAUUUAAAAGGAUAAUUUCACUGAAAAGCCUAAUAUAAAAUUCAAUGACAAUCACAAAAGUAUCACAAAGAGUAAGAUCAAGA